CGCCUCCUCCGCGCGCUCCAUCCUCCGGCCUCCUUGCCAUUUCCCGUUCCGGUUCCUCCUCAGAUGGCGGCUUCCUCCCGCCGCCGUCGCCACUUGCCACGGCGUUAGCCUGCCGUCGAGGAAGGAAUAAAGAGAGGCAGCAAACAAACAAUGUCCAUGAUCAUGCCAUCAUCCUCCUUAAUCUUCUCGCUGCUCCUUGUCGCCUUCUCGCAACACCAUUCCUCCGCGUCCGCCUCCGCCCGGAACCACGGCAUCUCCAUCAACAUCUCGGUCUCGGCGGUCGAGGCGGCCGUCCGCGACCGCGCGCUCGAGCUGCUCCGCCGCGCCAAGAACGAGCUCGUCGACCUGGCGCCGCUCAUCCUCCCGGACGCCGGCGCCGUCGUCGUCGAGGCCUCGGCGCUGCGCAUCCGGAGCAACACCCUCUGGGCCGAUGGCGUCAUCAUCAACGACACAGCCGGGAUCGUCGUGCCCCCGCGCGUGGCCCCGGCGCCGUUCGCUCGCCGCGUCGACCUCGUCUUCGAGCGCUUCCUCCUCGGCUCCGGCGCGCUCUUCGCCGCGCCGCGGGGCCACGCGCUGGCGGCCCCCGUGGUGGCGCUGCUCGCGUACGACGCGGCGUCGGGCGCGCAGAUCGCGCUCCAGGCGCUCGGCGAGCCCGUGCGCGUCGACUUCCAGAGGCUCAGCCUCUCGCCGGGGGCCGGGUUCAGGCUCGACGCCGCCACGGCGCGGUGCGUGACCUUCGACGCCAACACCGGCAAGGCCGUGGUCACGCACCGCAUUGCGCCGAACACCUCGUGCGCGUGCACCGUGACAGGCACGGGCCACUACGGGGUGGCGGUGCGUGUCGAGCCACCGACCCCGCCUUCGUCGUCUCCGCCGCCGCCGUCGCCGUCGCCAUCGCCAUCGCCGGGAGCGGCGGUGGGGAUCAGGGAGCGGUGGUGGGCUUGGACCGUCGUGGCCGGCGCCGGCGGGGUGGUGGCGGUGGGUCUCCUCGCAAUCUCCGUGGCCGUCGCGGUGCGGUGGAGCAGGAGGCGGAGGAGGGAGGAGAUGGAGCGGCGGGCCAUGGCGGGGGAGGAGCUCGGGAGGAUGGCGGUGCGCGGGAGCUCGAUGCCGGCGGCGAAGAUGGCCAGGACGCGGCCGGAGUUGGAGGAUGGGAGCCCGCUGCCAUGGCGACACAGCUAAUAGCUAGCUCCGCUCGCGGGUUGAUUUGCAUUGCCACCGGCCGGCGUCGCGCCACCUUGCUUGAAGUAGGUGUACUUUUCAGAAUGAGACUUGCAUUGUUGUACAGUAUAUACGGAGUAGUACGUCUGUUGUACUUUAAUCUACUCAAUUCAGAUUAAAAAUGUACAUUUCAAAAUUAGUAGGAGUAGCAGAUUUCAAUUAGGUUGUCCACUUAAUUUAUGAAUCUAUUUUUAUGAUCUA